UGGCUCAAGUAGAUGAAGUGAUGGAGGCUUUUUCGGCAGCGCAAUGGCUGGUGCUGCCAAGACAUCUUCCAACGAGUCUUUCCCAUGAGGCUUCCCUUGCACGGCCUAAAACGACCCCCACGCCGUGGACUGGGGAGAGUCCGAAGCAGACACCGGCGCAGCUGGGUCUCACUGGCCUGCUAAGAGGUGGUGGGGCCAUUGCUGCAGUGCUGAAAGCAUCUCGGUUUGCUCAGAACCGAACCUCGCUGCAGGUUCGACGUCGACCCUUGCCAGCGGUGAGGGAGAAGCAAGUGAUUGCUACAAAGCGUUUGCCCCUAUGGCAGCUGUCCGAUGAGAUGUACAUGCAGCGGCAGGUGUCGCCCGAUCCCAACUUAUCCUGGACGGAGGUACGAAGAGGUCAGGCCCGAAUGAAAGAGCAAGUUAUGGCUCAGCAAUACAUUGAUUUUCGCCGAAUUGAACGUGAAGUAAGCGGCUUUCGCAUGCAGCCGAAAUACCACCUGAGCGACAUUCGCGCAGGCAUGUGGCUGGAGGGCCGCGUCUCCCAAAGCGUGGACAAAGGUGUCAUGGUGGACGUCGGCGCAUACACGGAGCGUGGAGAGUGGGUAGAUGCCUUUCUCCACAUGGGACAAAUCAAAGACGAUGGCGGCUACAUCGCUCAUGGCAAGAUGAUGAACUUUGUUCACCUUGGAGAAUAUGUCCGCGUCAGAGUGGUGGAAUGUGUGCCAUCCACUGGCGUCUUCAGAGUGUCCAUGCGGGCCGAGGAAGACCUCCCGGAGCUGUUCCUGGGCAAACCAAGACCCUACAGCAUCCACGACAUUGAGAAGGGCAUGCAGGUCACCGGAAUCAUUCGUCGAGUCUGGGACAAGUGGGCCCUUGUUGACAUUGGAUGUGACCGCUUAGCUCGCGUCCAUGCGCGUGAACAUCCCAGAGAAAGGAAUGAGUAUGGCUUCUACAAGUGGGACCGCCUUCAUAAAUAUGCCUGGUCAGCCUACCCUCGUGGUGCACAAAUGACCUUUUGGGUUGAGAAGAUCAAAAACACCUACGAGAUCACGCUCUGUGGCAACAAACCACCUUCAACGAAGCUGGCCAAUCAGGUUGCAGCCAAGCGAAGAACUGGCACCGGCAUUCAACCAGGAAUGGACUUGCGACCGGAGCGCUUGACCAGAGAGCAACAAAGAGAUCGAGAGAAGUCUGAAGCAGAAAAGGCCACAUGGAACCCCUAUGUCGCCCAUGUCGAUGAAUGGUUAGAAGAUGCAGCUGAGCCUGAUGAUGAAACUGACAGCUGGGUGGCCAGGACAGAACGCGAGCUCUUCGAAGAGUUCAAAUCUGAACAUCCGGAGGAGGACUUUGGAGGCAUCCAGAUGGCUUCCGACGUGGAAGAGGACUUUGAAGAUGCAGAUGACUUUGCUGAAGACGAAUUUGCUGAUGAUGACUUUGCAGAUGAAUCUGAAUAUAUUGCCGAUGACGUCCCCUUCAGCCUGUCCAACGACGAGGAUGGAAGUUGGGAGUUCGAGGAUGCACCCUCUGAAAACCAGAGAAAUGACCUCCUCUACUAAAAGAAGACGUUGCACCAUGCGCUGCUCAGGUGGGUGUGGAAGCCGCUACGGAUGCUGCAUGUCCUGCGUGGGCGAAACUUCGGAUGUCAGCAGAAAAGGC